GGCGCGGGCAAGGACGCGCCGCCCGGGCUCAGCUCAGCUCGGCUCGGCUCAGCUCGGCUCGGCUCAGCUCAGCUCGGCUCGGCUCGGCUCGGCUCACAGGUUCUAGUUCAGCAUAAAAGUGAGAUCCACAAGACUCCUCUAAGAUGUCCUACAGAAAGGAGCUAGAAAAAUACCGAGACCUAGAUGAAGACAAGAUCCUUGGAGCUCUGACAGAGGAGGAGCUCAGGAAGUUAGAGAAUGAACUGGAAGAGCUGGAUCCUGAUAACGCAUUGCUGCCGGCAGGGCUCCGGCAGCGGGAUCAGACGCAAAAGCCACCAACUGGCCCCUUCAAAAGGGAGGAACUCAUGGCCCACCUAGAAAAGCAGGCAAAGGACAUUAAAGACAGAGAAGACUUGGUUCCUUUCACGGGUGAAAAGAGAGGAAAAGCUUGGAUCCCCAAGCAGAAGCCAAUGGAUCCUGUUUUGGAAAGUGUGACUCUGGAGCCGGAACUGGAGGAAGCCCUUGCUAAUGCCUCUGAUGCAGAGCUCUGUGACAUUGCUGCCAUCCUUGGUAUGCACACCUUGAUGAGUAACCAGCAGUACUAUGAGGCACUGGGGAGCAGCACCAUCGUGAACAAAGAAGGGCUCAACAGUGUGAUUAAGCCCACACAGUACAAACCAGUUCCUGAUGAGGAACCAAACUCGACAGAUGUGGAGGAAACUCUGAAACGAAUACAAAGCAAUGAUCCUGAUCUUGAGGAAGUCAACCUUAACAAUAUUAUGAAUAUUCCCAUCCCGACUUUAAAGGCUUUUGCGGAAGCGCUGAAGAACAACACGUAUGUGAAGAAGUUCAGUAUAGUUGGGACACGGAGCAAUGAUCCUGUUGCUUUUGCCCUGGCAGAAAUGCUGAAGGUCAAUAGCACGUUGAAGAGCCUGAAUGUGGAAUCUAACUUCAUUUCUGGGUCAGGUAUCCUGGCUAUUGUCGAGGCGCUCCAGGGCAACACAUCGCUGGUAGAGCUGCGCAUCGACAACCAGAGCCAGCCCUUGGGCAACAAAGUAGAAAUGGAAAUCGCAAAUAUGUUGGAAAAAAACACCACCCUACUGAAGUUUGGGUACCAUUUCACUCAGCAAGGUCCCCGGCUUCGUGCCUCCAACGCUAUGAUGAAUAACAACGACCUAGUGAGGAAGAGAAGACUUGCAGAGUUGAAUGGGCCUAUUUUUCCCAAGUGCAGAACUGGAGUGUAGUUCCUGGCUGUGGAGGUCAUUCCCGGUGAUCUGUGCUACACUGUGGAAAUCUAAAGGCAAUAAGUGCCUUGACAGAGUAUUUGUGGUGCCUCAGUUCUGUUUUAUGCACUAACAGUUUAAAUUAACUAGCAGCUAUAGUUUUUAUGAAGAUUUUAUCCAGUAGGACUGGUGAUGUUUUCUGUAGAGUUGGAAACUAUUUGAGCCAAUAAUAACAUGUCAGUUUCAUGCAAUCUCAGUUUAGAGCACAUCCCAGUGUAAAAGUGACUUUAACCUGGGACUUAAUUUUAUAUAAACUUCCUGCACGGUGUUUCAUAAAGUUAGGAUGUGGUAUGCAUGAGUGAAAGAUACAAUUGUUUCACACAAAUUAUACAAGUAUUAAAAAAAUACUUUAUUUUUUUCCA